CGAUCGCAAAACGCAACAGGUGACUGGGAAAUUACUCUUCAAGACAGUUACCACACUCAGUUACUUCUUGGACUCUGCAGCCGUUAGUGAGUGUGUGCACAUUCUAAGCGGUAGGUAUACAAGAAGUAGAUAAGUGGAGAGGACUUGAAUUCGCGCGGAUUAGAGUGCGGCGUGUGACAGUUUUUUUUUGUUUUUUUUUUUCGUGGUUUUUGGAGAUGAGAUCGGGGUGAUUGAGUGCCACUACACUUUUGGAUUAAAGUUUUUAUAAUGCUGCAACCGAGGAUGAACUAUAUUGCGGUUUUUGUUUUGCUUAUUCUAGCGGAUUGUUUUGAAGGUCAACAGUACAACAUAAAUCAUACGCCGAGGAUCAAACAACAAGACGAUAAAGAUGUCACCACAGUUCUUCUGGUGGACAGUCGCGGGAGGUCAUCUUUUGGAAAAUUCCUAAACGUAAAACCCGACCUCGGCCUUAUCACCUCUACAGCCCGUACCUUUAUACAAGAAGGUGUUACUACGGAGUACGCCACACAAGUACUAGGUACCACCCUCGACAAUGGACGAUUAUACGCUCAUUUACUUACGAAAAGUUCUAGGGUACUAUACGACGAUUCUCCUUCGAAGGUUCACGAGCCUCUGAACAAAAAAUGGACCAUCAACGAGAAUGCCUUAAACGUGAAGCCUUUUAUCAACAAUGUAGACUAUAUUUCUCCUAGUCAUGCAGAGGAAUCUGUAUUGUAUACCACCAGAAUAUCAAAUAGCAACAGUGAAGAGACACCUGCUCCUCAAUUCGUAGACAUCAAAAAUACAGAAGAAGAAAUACUAAAAGAAGCUCCUUCAAACAACUACAGAGUUCCAUUCGAAGAACUAAAAAAGAAUUCAGCGUCACAAUCUAAUGUCAAAGUCUUUAAAAUUAGUCCUGAAAUUCCAGACAUCACUCACGAAAAUAUCAUCAACCACAAAGAACUUAACGAAAAGUUAAUCAUACGAAACAAUUUUACACCAUCUAAAGUAAAACCAUGGGACAAUUUACCAACGUUUACAGUCAGGAAUGAAUUCUCGCCAUCAGGUCUCUCAUUUCUGGGAGAUUUGCCUGAUUUUGAAGCUCGAACUGAAAGAUCUAAGCUCACUACACCUGCUGAAAGGAAAGCAAAACUUUUGUUCAAAGCCGGAUUAACUAAACCUAAUGCUAGAGACCUGACUUCAAUCACUUACACUGGUUUUGCCGACUUUACCACCACCGUUGGUGAUACUGUUAUAAUAUUCUCGCCACACACUACAGAAAAAGUUAAGGAUGCUGUCAAACCUACUAGGCUGUUACCACCUAAAAUUAAAUCUUCGAUUCAACCAACAACUACGUUACUAGCACCUCCGCUAAUAACCAAAGUUACUACAUUUUUAUCACAAGAACCUCCAAUGGAAACAAAAACAUUCAAAGGUCCAGAACUAGAAAUGAAAACAACGUUACCUACUAUGGUUAUUGAUAAAACAGACCGAAUUAGGGAUCCAAAAAGUCAAAUAGUUGACGAACAUGUAGAUAUGGAUGCUAAGUCUGCUGUUUUGGCGCACGAACAAGGCAAAGAAACCACCCAAGUGUUUUCACCAGAUGUUAUCCAACCAUCUGAGACACAAAUAUCUAUGCUAUCUACGCCGUCUGAAGAAGACAUUGCUAAGAUAUUUGCAUCACUGCAAGCAUUACAAAAACAAUCAACUCAAAGUUUAGACUCAGUUGUACCUUCCAUCGAAAGUAGCAUCGAUGAAAGCAAGAUACAAACUACAGGAGGAGCAACUACUAUCUUCUUUGACGACGACGUGAUAGAAAGUACGUCAGUCUUCCCCACAGAAACAUCAGUAACACUACAAGAAGAAAAGGUAACUACAGAAUCAGCCGAAACUUUACCAACAACGAUAGAUGAUGAAGAAUCUACAAGUGAAAACUUGUUAACUACUGAAACUGACUUAACGACCGAACCAAUAAAACUAACCACUCCUGAGAAUGAAGUCGACGUAAUUUGUACAGAUGGAAGCCAGGUCCUAGCUACAACUGCUUACAAAACUUUAACCUACCUUACCACGUUCUUUAUUCCUGCAGACGACAGUACCACCACCUCUGUCAAAUCAAAUGAAGUUGUUUCAACAGAAAUUGGUUUCCAAACUAGAGCUUGCCAAGAUAUUGCACCAAGUUUACCAGUUACAACUCCUUCUGCGAGCCAAUCUCCAACUACCACCGAAGAAAUUAUUACUACUCAAGAACAAAAAGUAGAAACCACCAUUGAUGCUGAAACAGAAAGAACAGAGACGACAACAACCGAACAGGAAAUUACUACAGCAAAACAUAUCGAAACUACAACUGCUGAAGUUACAACCGAAGAACAUACAGUCACCGAAUCUGUUACAGAAGCUACAGAAACUACAACUGAAGAUGGUGACGAAUUAGAAAUUAUUUACAAAACCUUGUACACCACUUACACUUAUCUUACAACAUAUUUCCAAGAAUCUACCUCAUCUAUAUCUAGCAGAACAGUAGUCACAACCAACGUAGUCACAUCCACUUUGGAUCCCAAAAUGGAAAGCACAAUUGACUCACUAGAAGGUAUCAUGGAUAGGGAUGAGAGUUCUAGCUCUAAAUACAAAACAAAAACAGUAUCAUUUGAAGAUCUAGCUAAUAUAACACCUACUAGCACUAUACCUGUUAGUCCAACUGUUAGUGUUCUUGACGACGAUGUAGAACAAGAAUCUACACCUUCGUUAGAUGACACAAAAGUAAAUGCUGUAGGUGUUAAAACGUAUUAUACAACAUACACAUAUUUCACAACUAUCUUUGUCGAUGGUGAAACCGAGAUCUCCAGUAGGACAGAAGUUUAUACUAACUACGUAACACCUUCCAUACUGGCAACUGCUUCAUUAAAAGAUUUAGAAACUACCAAAUUAGCAAACUUUUCUGAAGAUGACGAUGAUGAUGAAGAUGAAGACGAUGAGGACGACGAUGAGGAAAGUUACACGAAGAAAAAGCUUAAACUUUUAUCAAAAAUAAAGCCUGAGAGUGUCUACAACACUAUAUCCAGGCAAAAAUCUGUAACCACUGAAAGUGGCGUCACUUCUGGUACUGAAGAUUCUACCACUACAGAAAAUAAUGAAAUUUCUGACAACGGUCUUGAUUUGAGCGAAUACGAAACUAUCUCUACCAUGGUAACUGAUGUAAGAAGUUCCACUUCAGAAGGCGACAGAAGAAUAAUCGACAAUUUAGACAAACGUAACGUUCUAUUGGAUGAUCAAAUAGUAUCUGAAUCAAACAAUGACUCUGAAAUAUUACCUUCCCCUACGUUACUACUACAAACCAGUUAUACCACAUUCACUUACUUCACUACGAUGUAUCAUGGUACUACCUCCAGUAACGUAGUUAGUAGACUAGAAACAGUUACUAAUGUAGUUACGCAAACAUUAGAGCCCACUCAAAUGCCCACCACUGAGGAUCCGAAUGCACCAGUAACAUAUUUCACUACAUUCACUUACUGGACUACUCUGUACAAAGACGGUACCACAAAAAUUACUAGCAGAGAAGAAACAGUUACUAACGUUGAAACUGCGUCCAUUAAACCCACCAGUACUUUAGCAGUUAUAGUACCCACGGCGACAAUUGACUUAACUACAUCUUCAACUGAAGUAGAAAGUGUCUAUCCAAGUACCGUUGGAGAAGAUGCUCUUACAACUUAUUACACCACUUACACGUAUUAUACUACUUCUUAUAUCGGAGAUAGUACUGUUCUGAACAGUAGACUAGAAACAGUUACCAAUGUUUUGAACAAUACUGCUGAUAUAGACUCAAACUACAUAGGACGAGCCAUUGGGUCGUACGAUAAAAACAAACUAGCUAGCUCUGACAAGCCUGCUUCCAAUAUUAGUAGUACUAGUACUAUUAAACCAACUGGUUUACUGUCUACUAUAGUGAAUACAAUAGAAAAUAACGGUACUACCACAGUCUUAUCAACAGAUGUUUAUGGUACUUACAUAGAUGGCUUGUACGCUAAAGUACUAGAAAGCUCAUCCAGCAUCCUUACUAGCGAGAUAAAAGCAUCACCUGUGAGUGAAACAUUGAAGCCCACUGGAGUAGUAAGUAUUAAUCAAGGAAAAAUUGUAGAUGCUGAAGGUGUCAGUACUCUAUUCUACACAACACAAGCAGUUGGAACGUAUAUAGAUAACUUAUAUGCUCAGGUAAUUGAAAGUACCAGUUCUCUUACUGUUGACGAAGAAAAGAAAGCAGGUUUACCUACAGAUUUACCUAUUGCUCAUAGAACUGGUUUAGUAAGAUUAAUAGAAGGUUCCAUUGUUCAAAACGAUACAACCACAUACUACGAAUCAAAAGUGCUGGGUACUGUUAUAGAUGGACGGUACGCUCAGAUUAUAGAAAGUACUUCGAGCUUUUUAGUGGGUCAAAAAAGCUCGAUUCAACCUGAUUCUGUGACUGGAAUUCAGCCGUCCACAACACAAGGACCUGAUAAGGAUCUUACUGCAACAAAGCUUGUGUCACCUUCUCCCGUAGCAAUAGAAGGUUCAAUAGAGGAUUCCACGAAAAUUGAUGAUGAAUCCACGACUGAAGAAAACGAAGAAGAGGAGGAAGAUGACAAAGGUAAAGGAAAGUCAAGACUAACAUUCCAGUCCAAGAAGAGAACGUUUACUCCAGCAAUUAGACCAUUUGCUUCGAGGCAGCGCCCAUCUUUUGCUCCUAAACGUAAACAAUCUGGACAAAGUACAGCAGCUACUAUUACAAGAAGUGAUUUUACUCCUACAGUGACGGCAGUACCGGCUUCUAAAGCUAAUAGAUUUGGAGGUAGAAGAUCCUCAUCGGGAGCAAAUACUAUCAAUCCAACAGCAUCUGGUAGCAGAAGAUUCUCCAGAACAAAAGGCCCCAGUUCGUCUACUGGUUUUGGUGGUAGACGUAGUAGCUCUUCUAGAAUUCAGCCUACAAGCGCAUUUGGAUCUAGCACCAGAAGAGCUGGGUUAAGAUCAUCUAGUGGUAUUCCCAAUCGUUCUAGUUCUUUGUUUGGAGCGAGACCAAGAAUAAGACCAACUUUGGCAUCUGGAUUGGUUCGGUCCCCAAGUUCUAACGUAAUAAGUGAGACACCUUCAGAUGAUGAAAAUAGUAUUACUACUUUAGUUACUGAAAAUCCCGACGAAACAGGUGAAGCAGGUGAAACCACAUUGGAACUACAAACCACUACUGAACCUUCUUCUAGACGAAGUCAAAACCCUCUUUUGAAGUUCAGAAGACCCCCACUAGGAAGAACGACUCCAACAAGAAGUGCAAAAGCUAGAACAAGUGCUACUAGGCCUGUAACAACUAGUACUACCACCACAACUACAUCAAGACCUAAAACUACUAGAGCUAAUAGUUUACUAAACAGAGCUAGAUCGAAUGGUUUGUUCCCAAGAAGGAACUUAUUCACUACUACAUCAACAACACCUCCUCCAAAGGAAGAAGAUGAACUAGGGGAAGACGAUUUAGUUGAAGAAGGAGAUGCCGAGGAAGAUACUGAUUAUGAAAGUUCUUUGAGGAAUACACAAACCGCUGAACCACCCUCAACAACAACCAAGGCUUCGGUUAGUAGAGGAAGAUCAUUUAAUAACGUUCAAAUCAAACCGUUUUUCAGAAAGAGGGCAAAAAGAGAUACUUACUCGAGAUUUAGGCGACCUACUGCUAAAACUACUUCCACUACAGAAGCUGAAGUAAUUGAAGAAAAGACUGAAAAACCGGUAAAGGCUGUCACUAGAGGUAAAUAUUCUACUCGAAGCAGAACGAAAUAUUCCACUUCUACUACUACAUCGACUACUUCCGCUCCUAGAAAGAGAAUAUCUCCCAGUAAAGCAUCAGCACAAAGCAGGACCCAAUUCACAUUAAGAGAAAGUGACAAGAGGUCCAAUUUUAAAAGACCUACUGCAUCUAGUAGGGUAACUAGACCUACCACACCUAAAACUAGUGGAACAAGAUAUAGAACUAAUGAAAAUGCUAGAAGAACAAAUGUUAACAACAGGCAGACAGCUAGAACUACUGUCAGAAGUAGAGGGAACCAAAGACAGAGACAUCCUUCUAAUGAAUUUGAGCAAGACAAUUUUAUUCACCCACACAAUGAUGGUACUAUAACAGUUACGCACCAAAUACCAACAGAAGUGACAAUUCCUGUUGUUAAUGGUAAAAUAACAGAGUACAAAAAUAUUAUCACAGCAAAAUAUAGUACUGAAGUCUUGAACCCAAAUCAAUAUUCUACUUCUAUUAAUGCUCUUGGUAAAGAUGUUACGGUUUUACUGAGUGAAAAUACCGACAUAAACAAUGGAGCAACUUUGAUAACACACUUCGUGCUUAAAGAAACUCCAACGACGAGCAUUACUUUUACACCAACCAUCAUCAAUAGACGUAAAACAUCUUUUAGGCAUGUACUACCUAGUACCGUGUACGACGUUGAACCUGUGGUGAACACUAUUCAGCCAAAUCUUGCGCAAGCACCAUUGGCGAAUAUAUUGUUAUCCCAGUUACUCUUAGGAGGUCUACAGCCACAACCAAAUGCUUUGUUAGGAUACCCUCCACCAGGAUUAGUACCAUUAAGUCCUACAACAGAAUUAAAGACUCGAACAACGACCUACGUUACUACUGUUACUAGUGAAACAUCUACAGUUAUACCUUUAACAUUCAGAGGUAAAGAAAUUCUCACCACGAUCAUUGAUAGUAGUAUAAAUGUGGUAACAGCAACAGAAUUCUUAACGGAUACAGUUGUGGUGACACCAACUCUAGGAUAUCCUCCCCCACAACUCAAUACAGCGUUACUCAUACCACUUUUACAACAACAGCUGCAACAGCAACAGCAGCAGACUCAACAACAACAGCAAUUCCAAAGGCAGGUCCAAUUUAAUAACAAUUUGCCAACACCUGACAAUGUCUAUAAUAUAAAUGACAAUUUAGAUGCUGAAAGCUUGUUCCAGGAACAAGAAAGGUUUAAUUUAGCUAUUGAAGAUGAAUUUACAGACAUCCAAAAGCCAGUGGAAAUCGAGGAAGACGUGGAACCUACCACCAAACGAAAGGUUAGCAGGAAAAGUAAAAAAAUUAAACCUAUUGUGACACCCACAGAACGACCAAAAGAAACGAGUAUUGUAACACUAUAUGUAUCUGGACGAACUCCAGGAGAAUUUACAACCCUACUAUCCACCAUUAUAAUUGACGAAGAAAACAAUAGCAGGUCUAAAAGAGAAAUUAGAGUAGAACCUUCAAGGAUAGUACAAAAUGCAAUCAUAAACGAUGGCGAGAGUUUUGACGAUUUUAUAAUGGCUGGUGUUAAGGAUGUUCCUCUAGAAACUUCAGAAGUUGCAACUGAAACUGAGAGUCUAGAAAGUAUAAUAGGGGACGUCCAAAAAUAUAUCACCACUCAUGUUCCAGAUUCUAGCAAAAACGUAGUGUAUGUAAAAUCAUCUGUGAGAUCAGAUGAUUUUUUAGUCUAA